UCAUAAGGUAAGGUGGCACUGGGUCUGAAAGGAGGUCCAAAUGCCACAUUUAUAAUUAGACUGCCAAUUCAGCACAUUGUAUCCAUUGCUAUACAGGGAUAUACUGCUGUGUCUGGCCUCUCUCAAAAGCCUGUAUUCAGAAUUAGCCAAUUCAACUACUUCAACUUUGGAAUCAAAUUUAGAAUAGGCAAUGAGAGAAGGGAAAGAAAGAAAACAAUAACUCUCCCUCUCUCUCUCCUCAGCUGGCUAUUAAAAGCCAAAGAAUAUACGGAAAGCAAUCCAUACAAUGUGGUUGGAAUCCAUACAUCAAAUGCAAGUUUGGCAAGAGGCUAUUUAAAAAAGAAAGAAAAGAAAAAGUGCUGUGGAGAGGGGGGAGGAAACAAACCCUGCAAAGAAUCAGUCAGUCUGUGGUGUCAGGCAACAGCUUCUCCUACCCUAUGCAGGGACUAGCGAGCCUUUCUUUUAAAAACACCCAAUCUGAUCAGAGACGAUGACAGUUAACACCUGCCCUGAGCUCCGAACACAGAUUUCCGAAGCAACCUGGCAGGAAAAGUCCUAAGCCCCUCUUCUGGGCAGAAGAAAGAACUUUGCUUCCAGCAAUCCGCAGCAGCCGGCCGCGGGUGGCGGACUGCCCUUAACUCCCGGCAGUCACCAGAAGCAGAGAUAGUGAAGGCGCUGCCGCAGCUUAGGGGCAGCCUGACACCCUCCCGCGGAAAGGGCGGGAGUAGGAUGUGGGGGGAGGGGGAAAGGUCAUUUGCAGCCUCGGCCCCUACCCUCCAAUCAAUGACCUUCUAAUUCCUGGGGAAGGAAGGCUUUGAGCCUUAGGGUUAGCGGGUGAACCUCGCGCACCCGGCACAAGGAAAGGGGGUGGGGAAUGUUGCCGGUCGGAUUUCUUCCAACUAAAAUCCCGCUACUCUGGAAGCAACUGGUCAGUUUCAUGAAUCCAAAAGAAACUUACCAGUGAUUUCUGGGUGCCAGGGUUGGUUUUCUUGUGUAUUUGCCCGCUAGCUGCUGUUUUGCUGGCUCUUUCUCUGAUGACAGCUCUCACGGGACACUGCUAGAGCACAGAGUCAGCCUGUAACAGGCCAGAAGAAUGUCUUCCAAGCAGGCCACCUCUCCAUUUGCAGCUGAUGGAGAGGAAACAACCACCCAGGACUUAGCAUCACAGGAACAGGAAGAAGGCAGCAAUGAAGAGCUUGUGGCUCCCCAUCUGCCUCUGCAUACCAUAUUGCACAACAAACCUCAUUCCGAGGAGCUACCAACUCUAGUCACUACAAUUCAACAAGACGCUGACUGGAACAGUGUUAUCUCAACCCAGCAUAGAAUGGAGUCAGAAAGUAAUAAGUUAUGUUCCUUAUAUUCCUUCCGAAAUACUUCUACCUCACCACAUAAACCCGAAGAAGGAGGUCGUGACCGCAGUGAGCUAAUGACCAGUGUUAAUUUCGGAACUCCAGAACGCCGCAAAGGAAGCCUUGCCGAUGUGGUGGACACACUGAAACAGAAGAAACUAGAGGAGAUGACCAGAACUGAGCAGGAGGAUUCAUCUUGCAUGGAAAAGCUACUGUCUAAAGACUGGAAGGAGAAAAUGGAAAGAUUAAACACAAGUGAACUCCUUGGAGAAAUUAAAGGUACACCUGAAAGCCUAGCAGAAAAAGAGCGACAGCUUUCUACCAUGAUCACCCAGCUCAUCAGUUUACGGGAGCAGCUUCUGGCUGCCCAUGAUGAGCAGAAAAAGCUGGCAGCAUCACAAAUUGAAAAACAACGGCAGCAAAUGGACCUUGCUCGCCAACAACAAGAACAGAUUGCAAGACAACAGCAGCAACUUCUGCAACAGCAGCACAAAAUCAAUCUACUGCAGCAGCAAAUUCAGCAGGUUCAGGGUCACAUGCCUCCGCUCAUGAUCCCAAUUUUUCCACACGACCAGCGGACAUUGGCAGCGGCUGCUGCAGCCCAGCAGGGUUUCCUUUUCCCCCCAGGAAUAACUUACAAGCCAGGUGAUAACUAUCCUGUGCAGUUCAUUCCGUCAACAAUGGCAGCUGCUGCUGCUUCUGGACUCAGCCCUUUACAGCUCCAGCAACUCUAUGCAGCUCAGCUGGCCAGCAUGCAGGUUUCACCUGGAGCCAAGAUGCCCUCCACCCCUCAACCGCCAAACACAACAGGGGCACUCUCACCCACUGGGAUGAAGAAUGAAAAGAGAGGGACCAGUCCUAUAACUCAUGUUAAGGAUGAUGCCGUACAGCCACUGAAUCUCUCAGCCCGACCGAAGACGGCUGAACCUGUCAAAUCCCCGACGUCGCCAACGCAGAGCCUCUUCCCUAUUAGUAAAACCAGCCCGGUGAAUGUGGCCAAUAAAAGUGGAAUCCCCAGCCCUAUAGGUGCAACUCUGGGUAGAGGAUCUUCUCUAGACAUCCUUUCCAGUCUUAAUUCACCUGCCCUAUUUGGGGACCAGGACACAGUAAUGAAAGCCAUUCAGGAGGCUCGAAAGAUGAGAGAACAGAUCCAGAGGGAGCAGCAGCAACAACCACAUUGUAUUGAUGGAAAACUUUCCUCCAUGAAUAACAUGGGUCUCAACAACUGUAGGGCUGAAAAGGAAAGAACACGUUUUGAGAAUUUAGGCCCACAGCUAUCAGGGAAGCCCAGUGAAGAUGGAAAACUGGGCCCAGGAGUCAUUGAUCUUACAAGGCCAGAAGAUGCAGAGGGAAGUAAAGCAAUGAAUGGCUCUGCAGCUAAACUACAGCAGUAUUAUUGUUGGCCAACAGGAGGCGCCACUGUGGCUGAAGCGCGAGUCUACAGGGAUGCCCGCGGUCGAAGUAGCAGUGAGCCACAUAUCAAACGACCAAUGAAUGCUUUCAUGGUUUGGGCAAAGGAUGAACGCAGAAAAAUUCUUCAAGCUUUCCCUGACAUGCACAACUCCAAUAUUAGCAAAAUCCUUGGCUCUCGCUGGAAAUCCAUGUCUAACCAAGAGAAACAACCUUACUAUGAAGAGCAAGCACGGCUAAGUAAAAUCCACCUAGAGAAGUACCCUAAUUACAAAUAUAAACCUCGACCAAAACGCACCUGCAUUGUCGAUGGCAAGAAAUUACGUAUUGGAGAAUAUAAACAGCUGAUGAGGUCUCGAAGACAGGAGAUGAGGCAAUUUUUUACAGUAGGGCAACAGCCUCAGAUUCCAAUCACCACAGGAACAGGUGUGGUCUAUCCUGGUGCUAUUACUAUGGCAACUACUACGCCAUCUCCUCAGAUGACAUCUGAUUGCUCCAGCACCUCUGCUAGCCCUGAGCCCAGUAUCCCUGUCAUUCAGAGCACUUAUGGCAUGAAGUCGGACAGCGGGAGCCUUGCUGGAAAUGAAAUGAUAAAUGGGGAGGAUGAAAUGGAAAUGUACGAGGACUUCGAAGAUGACCCCAAAUCAGACUAUAGCAGUGAAAAUGAAGCCCAUGAGGCUGUCACUGCCAACUGAGGAUGUUUGCUGAAUUAAAGUACUCUGACUUUUUUUGUUUUGUUUUGUUUUUUUGAACAAAAAGUUCUUAAAUGAGCCUGCAUGCAUGUGUGGCUCCUACAGUUACAUCUGCAGAAUGGUCUUAAAUGUUUCUUAAUGUGUGACACAGAUUGUUCCCUAAUUUUUCAUGAACUUUUGUUUGUUUUUUUAAAUUUAGGUGAAGACAUUAAGCAUCAGGCAUUGGGACUUGAACACUUAAAUGAAUCAAUAGCUGUCUUACAAGUCUUACCUUUUUUGUCUAUUUUUCCUCCUCCUGGAUGCUGAUGAUAAGGUUUAAGUUACUGUUUUAAAUGGGGGUUUUACAUUCUCACUCAGGUAUGCUGUGCCAGCCUACAGGUUGUGAAUGUGUUUUUAUUCUGAAUUAUUUUAGAAAACAAAAACAAAACAAAAAAAUUACUGCAGAUUUCCUAUCAUGAAAUAGAACAAGUCCUCAAGUGUGUGCAUCUGUGUGUCUUAGCUCAUCUUUUUUAAACAAAGUCUCUAAAUUCCAUUUCUCUCUCUCCACAUGUAUAGUUGAUCUUCUAAUGUGCCAAACUUUCAUAACUUUUGAAUCUUAACAUUUAAAAAAAAAGUCUUAAGAAAGACACUGUAAAGUCUUAGACAAUCCUUUGGCAUCUUAAAAAGCUCUAUAUAUCUUUUUAAAAAACCCCUAACUUUUCCAGAAAAUAGUAAAGUACUCAGGAAUCUGGAGACAGGAUGUUCUUAAAGUAGUGAACAUGAUUGCCACAAUGCACUUGCCCAGUUGUUUCUGCCUCUUGAUGUACCAUCAAUAUAAAAUAUUAAGUAAGCACAAAAGAGCGAUCACCAGCUAUCGACAGGCCUGUCUUAGGAAUGUAAGGCCACCUUCAAAUCCAUUCUCUCUCUCUUUGCUUUUAACCCUUACAUUCAGUCUUAAUUACAUUUUAUCUUAAACAAUAUAUUCAUUCCAGAAUGUCAGGGGUCCACAUUAAAAAAGAAAGAAUCAAAAGUACUGUUGUGGUGGCAUUAUAUUUUCAGUUUAUUGACCUCUAUAUAAAGAGCUCUUUCCCUUAAAGCCUUUGGGUGUCUUCAUAGGAGGCAACUUAGUAUUGAAAAGGAAAUUUAUACCGAUAUGGGAUAAAUUAUGUUCAUCCACACUGAAAAUAAUUGGCAAAACAGCAAAACAAAAGAAUGUAAGCUUGUUUCCUAUUUACACAGUAUAAUUGUGCUAUGUGUCUGUUUUUAUUAUAGGCCACAAUUCAAAGAAUCAUCCAGUUAGUUCCAUAUUUCCAAGAGUGUUUAGACUUGAAUUUUUUCAACUUCCCAUAUGCUGCACAGCAACAACUGUGAAACUGAGGACAGUUUGUAAUACAAUAUGGGAGACUCUGGUUCAAUUAAAGUAAAGAACCAAAAUUUUCUGAGCUAACUUAUGCUAGCUCUUCAACUCUUCUUAAGUAAUUCUUAAGUUUUCCAGUGAUAUUCUCUUAAUAGAGAAUGUAGACCAUUUGAAAUUCCAUUGAAUGUUCCAUCAUAGGUUUUUAUGAAAAUGUAAAAUUUUGCCACUGUUUUAGGAUUCUUCACAAUGCCUUUCACAUAGUCAACUUGAAAGACACUUUGGCUGUUACAUGAUGUAUCUCUGAAAUUUGUAUAGGCAAAAGCACACAAUUUUAAUAUCUCAGAUAACUUUUAUUAAAUAUUAGUCACAGAAAACUAAAGAGAGUCAUGGGUUAAUCCCUUUAUUUUGUCAUUAACUGACAUGAUUUUAGUCUACUUCUUUUUAGAUUUCAGUCACGCAAAUAAGUGCUUAAUGUUACACAUAGAAAAAUACUUGAAGGAUUUCAGUGCUUUGCAUCACUUGCCCUAUAAGAAAAAGUGGACACAUAGCUAUAUUCCAAGCAUAACAUGAAUCCAGAUCAGCACUGAAAUCUUUAGAUCAAUAGUGCUGCAAAAAUUUAAAACCUUAUUUAUUUCAUUGCUAAUUACUUUAAAUAUAAAGCUGAUUUCUAAAAAGAGCUGGCAGGUAAUUAACAUUCCCAGGUUAAUAAUGUAGGUCUUAAUAUAAAAAUCCAUUGGUCCAAAACAACAGUUGGUAAAUGUCAAGAUUUGACCCAGAAAGUUGGAUUUGAUCAACCAUGCAGCAUGAAAGUCCAGGCCAGAGUCUGCUGUCUGAAUAUGAGGUACAACAAUGUCUAGUCACUUCACCUCAUCAGUAAAUUCUAUAUAAAAGCAUGGCAUUAGUUCAUAAGUAUGUAUGUUAGGAUUAGGGUUGCUGAUAUUAACAGGUUUUGAAUCAGACUAUUCCCAAAUAUUCAGAAUUGCGGGGUGGGCGGGCUUCUAGUGAAUGUUUUUUUCACUAGACCUUUCCUACCUAUAGUCACAACUGUUCAGAAAGGAAUAUGCAAAGAAGUGGCAGCUUUACUGGUGCAAAAUGUUUAUGUUCUUUAAAUAAAUUCCACUUCACACAAACCACUCUAGUGGUUUGGGAGCCACGUUGCAUUACUUCAGUGCAGUCGCUACUCCACACAUUGAACUAGUUGUGUGCAACUUUCUCCAGAAACUAUCAACAUGAAUCUUUUGCGGCAGCAAAGACAAAACCGGUACUGAUCCAGAUGGAGCAAGUGCCAUGCAAGACACAACUUCAAGCAGUCUCCGUGCUAUGUAAAGGAUUCCAUGGCACAUAAAGAACCCAUCCUUAAGGUUGGAAGAGCACUUCUACGUCUCACUAGCUUUGCUCUGGGAAAAAUGAGCAAGGGCUUUGCUAAAGCAUUUCUGCAUUUUGUAUGAUGGCCAAAGACAGGAAACCAACAAAUGACAACUCAGUGGAUAGGAUCGAGUUCCGACUGAAAAAUCAUGGACUGCCAUCCACUUCCUGGUAUGUGCACAGAACUUCCACUACUGACUAAGGCAGGUGGGGCUCUUUACACUUCCAUAGCUAGCAACAGGGACUUCUGAUGUGCAUACAAGAGAUGGUUUCUUACAGUCAUAUUUUCCCCCCCACACUUCCUUGAUUUCAGUGAUGUUUAUAUUGGAACCCUCCUUAGUAAAAUUAACACAAUAUCUGCACAUCAUGCUUUCAUAUGACCAUGCAGAAUUAGCAGGGAACACUAACAAUGUCCUUUUAGUUUUCAGCAAUUCCUGGAGAUAGACAAUUUUUCAAUGUUAAAAUAGACAAUUCAAUCCACGCAAGCAAAUAGGGACUGUUAGGUUUACAAGACAAAAUAUUAUUCUGACAUCAACACCCUAAUCAAACUUUUGGCAGCUGUUGUAUAACCUGGAACAAAAUGGUCUAUCUUUACUAUUUAUUUGAAUAGUAUUCUCACAUCUACAGCUAAAGUAAUAAAACUGGUCUAGCCAAUAUGUUAAAGGCAUUUGCCAUGUCAUUAGCUGGUGAGCGCUCUCUUUAUCUAGUGAAGGUACUGAAAGAAAAUCCUUUGUUAAGAUCUGCUCUAAUAUGUGUAGUUUGGCGUGGAGGUACCCAUUCUUUCCUAAAGAAUGACUAUUUAUUAAUUUCCUACAGGUUUCUCCUGUUAUAAAUCCCUCUCCACCCUACAACUCAUUUCUCUUCUCUCUUCAUGGUUUUUUUGUUGCAUAGGUAGAAUGCAGUAUUGCUAGCAUUGUAUUUUAUGUAAUUAUAUUUGCACAAAGGCAAACCUUUAGUUUAGUGAGUUAAUUUCUUUUUAUAAAGUUUAUGACCAUGCCAAAAUAAUAUUCUGCAGGCUGGCGGAGAACAAAGGACUGUUCUUUAGGACUGAAACUUGAUUUUGCUCGUAGUACAAAAACACACACUCACAGAUGUUGUUUCGUAAGUGUUAUAAGCACUGGAUAUAAAUGGUAUUUUUUAUCACUUCUAACUAAUGUGAAACUGUUGUACAAAAUUGACAUGAACAAAAGUCAUCUGUUUCGACUCGUGUGGGCCUGCCUCACAGUUGCCGGAUUUGAGUCAUUUUUAUGUCUUGUUAUUUCAUUUAUUUAUGCAAAAUUCGUAUAUGUAUGAAUACUUUGUUUUAGCUCCAGUCCUGCAUAUAUGCUGAUACUCUGUAACUUAAAGCUGCUUUCAUGACACUGAUUGGCUCUUCAAGAAUCACCAGAUAGCAGAAUACGACAUUAUUAGGCAGGUGGAGUGUCAAGCAUUGGAAUCUAAAAAGUGCAGAAGCAGCUUCUUGUAUUUAUUAGCCAAUGUUGGCUCUAAAGUGUCAGUAGAAAUCAAGGAAAGACAAUCGCAAGGAAACAAACACAAGAUUUCUAAUUGGAGCUCAAAACAAAGUUUUUGAUUAAUUCACCAUCUCAUUUUAGGUUGGGUUUUUUGUUUUUGUUUUUUUGAAUGUGUAAAUAUAACAUAGGAAAUAGAAUUUUAUUUUUUGUUCAUGGAUAAUUAGUGAAGUAUAAGUUAUGUAUUUACUUUUGUUCUGUAUCAGUGUAUGUUGGUCCAUAUUAAAUGCUGACAAAUCACUGUACCUCAUGUAGAUGCUGAAUUUACACCUGCAGUGUGGGAGCAGUAAUGUGGACCUGUAGCUAGGAUGGCCAGAUGCCUCACUUGUGCCCUCCUUCAAUCUGAAUCCCAUAUUUCAUCAACACAAAGCAUUUUAAAAUAUUGCACUCGCUUAUAGAAUAACAAUCCUCAUAUUCUUUAUUCUCUGAUAGUGGCAUUAUCGUUAUUGGGACUGAUAAACUAUGGGUCAGAGAUAUGAAACUUAACAGUCUGGUCUUAAGGACUGCAGCAGCAGCAGCAAAGAAGUACAUAGGACGUGGAGUGUCACUCAGAUGUUUCCCUUGUACAACAUUACAGACCAUGGCUCUAAGCCAAAGGUUGUCAUAUUUAAGGCCCAUUUAAAUCAGGGGAGAAACAGGUUGCAACUAAUUGAAGUCCUCUUAGUUACAACAGAAGUUAAGCACAACUAGCUUUCUCUGGAUUGGAAUUCAUGGUGUUAUGCCACUGUUGCAGGCUGAUACAAAGUUCCUAAUACUUAAGCAGAUGUAGGUUCAUUACAUUCAUUGGAAUUUGAGAAAAGUAAUAAAUAAGUGAAUUGCUCCUAUCAUCAAAGAUACCACCCCAUGUAGCUCCCCCCCCCGCCAUUAGGGUUACUGUAAAAAGCAACUGCUUUAAGAAUUGGGUUGUACAAGUGCCAAAUUUCUAAUCCAGCUUGUUAUCAGUUUGUUUCAUGAUCUGCAAUUUGCUUCCAAGCAAAACUAAGAAAAGAUUUUAGUUCUUGUUUGAAAGCAACCAAUGUGAAUGAUUUUUAAAAAGUGUCAAUGUGAAUCACAAGUAAAUAAACAAGGAUGCUCUGGAAAACUUACCUUAACCAGGCAAUGCCAGUUAUUAAAUAUCACAUUGGACUGGUUAGCUCUGUUUGCUAUGGAAGCAUGUUGGCCAGCCAGACAAGUUAAAAAAAAAUAAAAAAUGAAGGCAUAUAUAGUUGUUCUCUAGAUUAGAAAAUGGCAUCAGAAUGCCCAAGGAUAAAAAUGUUUUUUAAAGUAUUACAAGGUCAUACACAUAUGUAGUAAGAGUAUCUGGACUGAGAACAGUGGUCUGUGUGUUGCGCACUGAUAAGAGGGCAGAAGAAGGACUCUGAGCUUACAGAGAGGUUGAAGCACAGCUGCAGCCAAAGGCUUGUUCUGCAGGCCAGCAUGCACAGAGGGGGACAGGGAAACUAUUUUUCUUCUCUUCCCUCCAUGCAAAAGCCCUUUUCACUUCCAGAAAUAUGUCCCUGAGGGCUGCUGAUUUUUUUUUUUUUUUUGCAGGAAAAGGAGUGAACUCCCCCCCCCCGCACUUCCGCAUGCACUUGGCUGCAGAACAAACCUUCAUCACAGCUACAUUCCAGUCUCUCCGUCUUUCUUCUGUCGUCAUAUUGUUGCAGAGCAUGUGGGCUAGUAUUUUGGGGUAAUCUCCCCAACACAGGCAACAUUUAUAAGAGCUUCAAAUUUCAAGAGAAAACUUAUAAAAUAAUAAUUUGUUACCAGUUAGAAAUAAAUCGUUCAAUUUACUUGGUAUUUGACAAAGGCCGCCUUCAGAUGUAACGCAGAACUGCAGUUACAAUGGACAAAAUGCAAAAUAAAGUCUUAAUGAAAAUGAAAUGCAAUUUCACAGGGUUUAUAGCUACAGCAUUUGAUCAAAGGGCCAGUUUCUUAGGAUAUAAGGAGCAGCUUUAGACUAUCAGGCAUUUUAUCCAUCUAUGUAUUCCGACUAGCAGCAGUUCUUCAGGGGCUCAGACAGAGGUCUUUGCUUUCUCUGCUAGCUGACAUUUUUUAACCAGAGAUGCUAGGCUUUAAACCUGGGAACCCUUGUACAUGUAUUGCAUUGCUCUGUCACUGAGCUGCAACUCCUCCUCCUCCACAACUCCUAAAAGUGUGCUGGUACACCAAUAUAUAUUAAUUACACAAAUUAUGAAUUAAGCAAAUUAUUGUUUCAGUGUAAAUUGGUUUGGGAAGGCUAUGGGAUCACAACCUUAUCCCAAAUCAGUGUGCUCCUAGUCACCAAGAGGCAGUGCAGGGGUGUAAGAUAGAUUACAAUGGAAGUACAGCUUCAACAGCUUCAACAGAUAUGGCUAUGCUGUUCAUUAGUGUGUGUGUGUGUGUGUGUAUGUGCGCGCGCACGCACACAUAAUUUACAAUAAAUACAAAACCCUGUGACAAAAGUACAGCAGAAACUUGAAAGCAAUUAUUGUUUGAGUGUAAAUGCAAGCAUCCCCUAAUACAAAGUUAAAACAAGAUCUCCUACUGUACCUACUGUUGCUCUUUGUCUUUUUGAAGACUUGACAUUUCUUUCUACCUUAUCAAAAAUAAUUUGCAAGUAAGAAAUGCCACAAUGCUCCUGUCUAGCAAAGCACUUAAAGCUGGAAUCUUCAAAACCACACACUCUGGAAUAGUCUCAAUAGGAAGCCAAUGGUGCUACUCCACAGUAGGUGGUAUGAAGAUCACAGCUUAGGCACCACUUUAACUUUAAGCAACCGAGCCAUUCUACUGAAGUCCAAAAGAUUUAGGUAUAUGUUUAAACUUAAGCAGAAUUGUAUGUGUAUAUCUGGAUUGGCUUGUCAGUGCCAACAACUGUUCUCAAAAUGCAGCUGGUAGAAUGUAUAAUAUAGUACUUCAUAUUUUCAAUUUUAAAAAAAAAUAGUCUCAGACCCUAGAUGUUUGCAUGCGUGUUAAAAGACUGAAGUUGGCACUUAAGCAUGUCCUGUUUAAAGACUAACAUGUGACCUCAUUUGAUCUUUUGCAAAGGCACUUAUUCUUUUUCUCAGACUUACUUCUCUUUCCUCUUCUCCCACCCCACCUCCACCACUUCCAAUCAACCAUUGUUCUCUGCCAUUUUUCUUGGAUAAUAUGUUAGAUAUACUGAUCCCAUUCUAGAACACACAUAAAAAUUACAGUAGUAGAUUUAAAAAAGAAAAACCAGAUUUAUUUCAUUGGAUUCUUUAUUCCAUUUUUUAAAAGUCUAGGAUUCAUUUUUAAAAGCUGACAAAAAGUAGUAUUCUGAGGGAGUUCAAUCAUUGUAUGCAAAGAGGAGGGGGUGGGCUGGUGUGUGUGUGUGUGUGUGGAAGGAAAAUGUAUCCAAUUGGUAUUCAUGGCAAUAUGAAAGCUAUAAAGCAGCUUAGUGACAGUUUGCUUUAUAACUUUUGCUUUCUUCAAAAACCACAAGUGAGGUCCUUGGUGCUCUCAAAAAGUAUGGGGAAUGUGCAAAUAUUUAACUGUUUGUAUGCUGCACAUUGCAGACCUGCUAGUGUGCAUUCUCCGUUUGUCUUCCUUGUCAAUCGUGUUUUGCUUUUUCAAAAGCACAGGGGUUUUUUUUUCUCUCUCCCUUGUACCCAUCAUCAGCCUGUAGCAAAUUUUAGAAUGUUUUAGUAUUUCUGUUCCUUCAUUAUUGUAUUUGCCAUGUACAAAUGUUUUUUAUUACAUUAAGACGAUCUUAUAAGCUGUUACUACAUAACUUAUCUUACUGUAACUCUUUUCUUUCCUGACAUUGUAAUUUGUUUGUGAUGUAUAUUGUGAGAUUGUAUUCUAUGUUAAUUUAAUCAGCACAAUUCACUGACAUGCUGGACUGACAUGCUAGCUGCUGUUUCAAAGUGUAAAGUUUUUUGUGUAGAGCUGUUGGGGGACAACUGAGACUCCCCUUGUCAAGGUACUAUGCUUUGGUUCCUAUAGCAACAGUGUGGGCGUGGCUCUUAAAAGCCUAGGGCUGCUGUUUCUACACCUACAAGCAAAUUUUAACUGGCAGGUUUUCUUUGUAGAAAUUCUAUAUACAGUCAGGUACCUACCUGGGCCCAGGGCUGGCAAUUAUUUGGGCAUGUAGAGGAAAAAAAAAACCCUAGUGUUUAUUGCUGCUUUGAAUAUGUUUUAAAAGUCUGAAAAUGUAAAUAGUUUAUCAAAAAAAAUCUUGUACAGUCCAGUGUAAAGUUUUUAAAUGAACUUAAAAGGUUGCCAUCACAUCUUUCUCACACUCUCCUCUUGAAGCAGUUUAAAAAAGAAAAGAAAAGAACGUUUGCUAAGGAUGUUGAUUUCUUUCUUUCUUUCUUUUUUACAAAAAGUAUCUGUGCUCUUAAUUUAAGAAAAAAGAUAAUCAUUCUUAGCUUUGCUUCAUAGCAUAAAGACUUCUUGGAUUUUGUUGUGCAGUAUUGACGUGAGGUAAAUUAAAUAUUAAAUAAUUUUCAGUGGUACUUUUAAGAGUCUUCUCCUCUCCUCUGCCUCAGAAAUUAAUGGAAAAGACAAAAGUAAAAGACACUGUCUUUAUAGCAUAUAUUCUGGUGUAUGUUGGCACCUUACCUACAUAUUUGAGGGGAGUUUUUUCUUCCCCCUCCCUUUUCCUUUUUUUUUUUUUUUUUUUUGCACAGGGUGCUUUCCUGAUAUGUUAAACAUGUCAUCAUUGGGUGAUACCAUAUAUGCCAUGAUAAGGGGUUCUGACCCCUCAGGGGAGUGUCUAUAAGACUGCCUAUUUAUGCUCAUUUACCUCAAAACUGUCCUCUCUACCCUUAAUCUAUUCACCAUCACUCCAUCUUUUGUACUGCUGUUGACACUUACAGAUUAAAGAUAAAUUUUGUUUUA